UGAAAGUACGCCAAGAAGUACGCAGAAGAAAAACCCAGUCCGCACUCGUCUCGCGCGCGUGACAUAUUUUUUCUGCGGAUGGUCCGGCGCGUAGCCUAGCUAGCGCGAUCGGCAAUUACCCCGUUUCGCCUCGCGCAACGCGGCGCGCGAGAAAUGUGUCACGCGGCUGAAUAUUCAAACGAGCCGAGAGUAACGAGACCCCGCGUGGACAACCGAAUGAACCCGCCAUCCGGUUCCUCGCAUCCCCGGAUCCCCGUCGUCGCAGACGCCGUCGUACGUGUAUCAAGAUCGGUGGGGUACGUGAUCCCACCUCCUUCACGAAACUAUCUCUACCUGCGCCUCUACCUAUGCGAAGAUCAUCUUCGCAUCGAGUAAAAGCCGAGAACCGAACGAGCCCGGUCACAGACAGCAUCAUGCGCUUGGUAGCCAUAACAAUCUUACUAGCCGUAAGCUGCUUCAGCUUGGCGAGAUCUCAGACACCUGAGAUCUCAGCUAAGGAACUCGAAACCGCACCGGAACCAGUAAAGCUCGAUAAAAAUCUGCGGCAAGCGUUGCUAAAGGCGCUGACGGAUCUAGAAGCUGAAUCAGCGGAGCAGCGCAAGGAUGAAGAUGAGAAAUCGCUCAUUAUGACCGUCGAGAAGUCUUUCGACGACGUCGUCAAGAAAAACUUAAAUAAAAACAUCGGCGUAGUACCGAAGCCUUCCUUCUCAUUCAACGGUUUUCCAGGAGAUGAAGAGAUUCCCAACGAGGAUAAGUUGCAGAACUCAAGCUUCCUCGGGUCGAAACAGUACGUUGCCUCGAGUUCAUCAAUGAUCAUAGAGAAAGCUAGCCGCGACGAUGCCAAAAGCUUCCACGUGCCGAACGUAAUUACGCCAGACAAAAAUCCGACCACUUACUCGCCCCGAACUGAGGCGGAUUCGUCAGACGGUACGAGGACAGUAAAAACUUCCGCGAGUUCAUCCUCGGUCAAUAAAGUUGAGAGCAUCACGUUGAAGCCAUUCACACAGAUAUCGGAGAGUUUAACGCAAAGUGCCAGUAACGGUAUUACGAACACUAACGCACGGGCUACGUCAAAACCUGCGUCUAGUUCGACAGUUUCGAAUAACGUUACUUCGUCGCCUUCUAACGUUAAUAAAGACAAAUCGCCAGCAGAAGAAGUGAAAAUUUUCCAGGCGCCUUUGGUGGCAGCGUUCACGGUGCAGCAAGAUGAGCUGGGCGUACCGAAGAGCGUCGUGCCAAUUUAUAGACAAUCGGGCGAUGGGCAAGCUCUGACUCUCCAGGAACAGUUGGACUUCAAGCAAAGAUUGCUGGAGAAGCAGCUGGCAGAACUGCAGCAGCAGCAAUUUCAGCAGACUCAAUUUCUCGUCAGGCAACGUCAACUCUAUGAGCAGCAACUCAGGCAGAAGCAACAGCAAUACUACAUUCAGGAACAAGCUAGGAUCAAACAGUUGGAGGAGCAAUAUAAGAUUAAGCAACUGGAAGACCAACGACUGAAGGAGCUGGAAGAACAACGACUGAAACAGCUGGAAGAACAAAGGCUGUAUCGUUUGCACCAGCACAAUCGUUUCCCUUUGCAGAAGCCACCUAUUUUUGAACAGACGAACGUGUUGGCGCUUCAACCGUCUCUGGAGACUGCUGUUCACCUUCAGCCGAGCCUAGUCCUGGAGGUUCCCAGCGCUGCCGCGCCACCAUUAUUCCGCACGAACUAUCAGGAGCAACUGCGUUUCCAACAACUUCGCCAGCAUCCACAACAAUUGCCGCAACCGCAGCAACUACAGCAACUGCAGAAGCCGCAGCAUCCGCAGCAACAGCAUCAGCAACAACAGCAUCAGCAGCGAUUGCAACAGGCUUUCGGUUCAUUUUCUACCGAGUUUCAACCGCCGGUGGCUCCCGCUGCUAGGUUCAACAGGCAAGAGACGUUCAGCGCGAUUGGCAAUUUCGGUUUGAACUUGGAUAACAAGCAGUCGCCUCCGUCCAGAAAUGCGUUCGCUUUCAACGCGCCGUCGAAGACGCCGAGCACGUUCGUCUACAAUCCUUACGUGCAGUUUAGGCAAAUCCCACCAAGACCACAGACGCCUGCCAACCAGAUUCAACGUUUGCUCUAUCAGUCGGGCGUCGUUGGUGAAUUCGGCAACGUGCAGGGCCCGGGCGGCGAGGACCUAAACAUCGUUUCCAAAGUGUUAGCGCUGAACGUCGGCGCGCUACCCAACAAGAACUACCAGUACACCACCAACGUUCGCGGUAAAUUGGGUAGCGCGUGAGGCUCAUAAGCGUAUCGAUGUAAGAUUUGGACGAGUCGUGUAAAUCACUACAGGACGAUAUUAGCAAGGUGAAAUCAAGCUCCCUUUCCCUGUCUCUCUCUCUCUCUCUCUCUCUUUCAGUUUCUCUCUUCCCUUUGCCUCUUUCUUUCUUUCUUUCUUUAUCCGUUGAUUCAAUACACUUCCUAUUACUUUUCAACUGCCAACGUUGCGGCACUGAUACACUCAAAUAGACGUACAUAUACAGGGUGUCCCGGGUUUUAACCGACAAACUGCGGGAGCAUAUUCUACCAGUGGAAAUA